AUGAAAAACAAUUAUCUUGCUCAAUUACCACCACCCACGACUGAGUCGCAUCGAACAUCGUCGUCAGAACCCUCAAAUUAUGCAACACCGAGUAGCUCUUCAACUAUCAAUAUAGGCUCCAUCAAUCAUUCCCUGAACAGUUUCAAUGGCUCAGUGUACAAUUCUCCAGCACCUCAAUCUUCACGCAAAAAAUCAACCCAGCUUCAAAACAAUGACAAGCAAUCGUUCGAUAUGAAUUAUAAGCGUGUUCCUCCAACAGAUAGUCUUGUUAUUGAUGGAAAAGUAAUUUUAGAAAAGUGGGUAGAAUAUCAAGUUAUGGUUGCCAAGAAGUAUUAUCAAACCGGCUUACUGGUAGAAACAGAUGCACAAGGCAUCUUGGCAUUAGACAAUAUUUUGCUUUUAAAGAAAGAUCAAAUAUGCGAAGAUGUGAAAAAUAUCUUGGGAAUUGAUAUGAUUCAAAGCUUGACAAACCACAUUCAAAAAAAAUAUCGUAUUGAAUGCGAAACACUUGAUGUGAAUCUAGAGAGAGAGUUAAAAUUGAUUGUAAAGAAUUUUGGCGAAGGAAAACUUGGAUCAAGACAAGCUUCUAAAUGUAUCAUGUCACUGACUUCAGAAAAUGUUGAUACCGCUGUAGAUGACAUUUUGAUUGGUCUGAGAAACCUUACGGAAAGAUUACCAAGAAAAAAAUUUACAGGAAAAAUCCAAGAAAGAACAUUGUGUGGGUCUUACGUUGAUUCUAUUUUUCGUCCUAUCAUUGAAGAUACUGAUUCAGGAAAGCAAUUUUCAUGGUGCGAUAUUCAAAUAAACAAUUCAAUUCAAAGGCCAGAUUUUGUAGGAAGAAUACUAAAUAACGUUGUAUGGAACGGCCCAAUUACCGUAGACUUGAUUAGAAUUGGCCGAUUCUCUAAACAAUCCAUUGACAGUAAUUUCUAUGAAGGUGUGAUUGGUAUUCACGCUGUUGGCUUGAUAGUGACAGUCUAUUUUACUUGUUUGCUUGAUUCUGGACUUUAUGUAAUGAUUGAAAUUUGCACCAUAAGUAUGCCUAGAGACGCUACUCAACUCAGACUAUAUGUUGCCGUUUGUGAAGACCUUUUAUCUGUUCACCAUUUAUAUAAGAAUCAUUGUCAAUUGGCAAAUGAUAUUGAUAGUUUAAAGUCAAACAUGCGUGCAGGUAUGAGUGAGGAGAUCUUUAGAGAGCUUACUCGCAGCACGAAAAACAGAAAGCGACCUUGUCCAUUCACCGUCAAUCAAUAACUCAUGCACGCUAAUCAUAUCAUUUUAAGUGCGCUUUUUUUUGUAGCAAAAGUAAAGAAUUUUAUUAAAGUUAUUAAACGUCACACAUCGCGGAGGGAUGUGGCGAGAUUAUAUAUAAAUCGAAAUAGUAUUGGCAUAUAAGAAUAUGACUUCCGAAAGAGCUAAUGGCUACAUUUCAAAACGAAGACGAUAUGACAGAAUACGACAUAACGGUAUUAACUACCAAAUAUCUCAUUAAUCAACAUAGGGAACGUCGACAGUUAGGUGGUAUUGCUGCAAAAUGAAGGCUAGUAUGGAACGGCCACAAACGACGUAUCGUGAAUGCAGAACUGCCAGUAGUACUUCCAGAUAGCAAACUGGAUCGUCGCAAUCAAAGUCAUAUAGUA